AAGAAAGCGAUACUUCUUUUAAGACAGCUGACGUGUUUUUGAUUACAAAUGCAUUGACGAAAAGUUGCAAAAAAAGAAAGUGAAAAGGGACGUUUAUUUAUCUUUAAACGUUGCGGUAUACCGGAAAUGGAGUACUUCCGAAGUGGUCUGAAAUCCGUUCUGGGAACACCCCAACCCGGAAGUCAGCCGACAGGUGCCGAAACCGUUGAGAGAUUAGUGAAUAGGGUCACAUCUUCUACUCUGCUUGAUGACAGGAGAGAUGCAUGCAGGGCUCUCAAAGCCUUGUCCAGGAAGUUCAGACUGGAGGUUGGAGCACAAGGAAUGGAUGCUCUGCUUCAAAUAUUGGAAUUGGAUUGUACAGACUGUGAGAUAAUUGGAUAUGCUUUGGACGCUUUAUGCAAUGUAACGUCGCGAGAGUGUUUCGAGGAGGAGGAGGAUCGAGUCAACGUGAAUGUUGGCGAACAAUUCACGGAAAUGUUUGUGAAGAAUACGGGUAACGUGAGUACGGUUCUUGCCUUUUUGGAAGAGUACGACUUUAGGGUGCGUUGGCCUGCUGUCAAAUUGCUUACAUCACUGCUGGGUAGCAAACCCAAAGAGAUUCAAGACAUAAUUUUAGUCAGUCCGAUGGGCGUGUCAAAGUUGAUGGACUUGUUGCUGGAAAACAGGGAAGUCGUGAGGAACGAUGCGCUGUUGCUGUUGAUUCAGUUAACAAAGAGCAAUGCGAACAUACAGAAAAUCGUUGCGUUCGAAAACGCUUUCGAUCGGCUAUUCGAUGUGAUUAGAGAGGAAGGAUACACGGAAGGAGGAAUCGUUGUCGAGGAUUGCUUACUGCUCAUGUUGAAUUUAUUAAAAAAUAACACCAGUAACAUUAACUUCUUCAAGGAAGGUUCUUACGUAGGAAAGUUGGCACCUAUGUUUCAAGUGCCGGAAAACGUGGAGGAGGUCGGAUGGAGUCCGCAGAAGGUAUCCAAUUUCCAUUGCGUAUUGCAAUUGGUUCGUUGCCUCGUUGGACCUAACAAUCCAGUUCAAAUGACUUCGGCUUGUCAAAAGGCUAUACGUAAUGCAAAUUUGCUAGAGGCCUUGUGCAAUAUUCUUAUGGCUUCUGGAGUACCAGCUGAUAUCCUAACUGAAACUAUAAGCACAGUAGGUGAAGUAAUAAGAGGUAAUUUGGCUAAUCAAGAAUACUUUGCUAAUGUUACGGCGCCCAGCAACCCGCCUCGACCUGCAAUUGUCGUGCUGCUGAUGUCAAUGGUCAAUGAGAAACAACCAUUCCAUUUGCGAUGCGCCGUUUUGUAUUGUUUCCAAUGUUUCCUCUUCAAAAACGAGAUCACCCAAUUGCAGGUGGUCCAGACACUCUUGCCCAGCUCGAAUGCUGCCUCUCUUACCACUGGUCAACUCCUCUGCAGUGGCCUAUUCAGCACUGAUGCUUUAAGCAAUUGGUUCUCAGCAGUAGCAAUUUCGCAUUGUCUGAUUGAGAAUCCUGCUCAGAAAGAGCACCUGCUCCACGUACUGUUAGCACCUAACAUCGGUGCUCAACCAGUCACGUUGAUUCAUCAAAUGACCACACAUCUCCAACAAACGCUGAAGUUUCAAGCCAAAAUCUCAAUUUUGAUGCUCCUUGCCAUGUGGAUGUCACACAAUCAGCAGGCUGUUCAAAUGUUCCUCAGCGUACCUGGAUCCGUGGCUUUCCUCACUGCCCAAACAUCUGCCGACGAAUGCGAUAACAACGAGGAACUGCUACAAGGUUUGUGCGCCUUCCUCAUGGGAAUUUGCGUGGCAUUCAAUGACAAUACCGUUCAGAACUAUUCCAGAGAGAAUCUCAGCCAGCUGAUCGAGAAGCGAGUCGGCAUAGAGACGUACGUCUCUAAAUUAAGCUUAAUCUCUAGGAACGAGGCGUACGCGAAGGCUGCCAAACAGCCACAAAUUAAAGCGAAGGUUUCUACUGAUUUGCUGCUCGAAUUCGAAUUCUGCAAGCUGUUCAAGGCUCUCGAAAGCGUGAUCGUAAACGCUCUAGGCGUUCAACGAGAUUUAUCUAACGGCAUGUCGGAGCUGAGUUUAACGGCUCACGAAAACGCACUUCUCCUGCAAUAUAAAGAGUUGAUCAGAGAGCAGGAUAGGAGGCUGCAGGAUAUGCAAAAGGAAUUGACGAAGUCGUUGGAUGAGAAGAAACACUUGUUAGUUCAGAUUGAUGAAUUGAAGAGCGCGAACGCGCAAUACAAGGAUGAAAACGUUAUAUACAAGGCUUCGUUUAGUAACUCUAAUGGCGCCGAUGAGAAAAUGAAGCAGUUGGAGGCGGAGAAUUGUGAGAAAACGUCGGAAUUGGAGCAGCUGCGUAAAGACCAGGAAGAUCUUUUGGAGCUGUUGACGGACCAGGAUUUGAAAUUGAAUACGUUCAAGAAUCGGCUGAGGGAACUCGGAGAGAAUCUGGAGGACUCUGACAAUUCCGAUAACGACACCUGAUCGGAUUACUUUUCUUUCACACUGUACAGUUUUAAGUAUUAUAAAAUGUAUUUAUUAAGAGCUAUUAAUUUUGUACAUA